GUAAUACAUAUCACGUUCAAUUAUUGGAUUGCCGAUUUCGCGUCGUCGUCCUUCAUUUCGCAUUGGCAAAUAGGACAGACGCAAAGGAAUCAUGGUUUUUGUCAAAGUUGUCAAGAAUAAAGCUUAUUUCAAAAGGUUUCAAGUGAAACCUAGAAGAAGAAGGGAAGGAAAAACUGACUAUAGGGCAAGAUUGAAGUUAAUCACACAAGACCUGCGAAAGUACUCUUCCCCGAAGUAUCGUCUGGUCGUUCGUUUCACCAACAGGGAUAUAGUUUGCCAGUUUGUUUACGCAAGACUUGAGGGAGAUCACAUCCUAUCAGCGGCGUACGCACACGAACUACCUCGUUACGGCAUCAAAGUAGGAUUAACCAACUUUGCUGCUGCAUAUGCAACAGGUUUAUUAUUAGCUCGUAGAACGUUGAAAAAACUCAAUCUUGAUGAAGUUUAUGUGGGUAAGGAGAGCGUCGAUGGUGAGUUCUUCGAAGUAGAACCACAAGGAGAGCGAAGGCCUUUUAGAGCGUUUCUAGAUGUUGGACUUAUUCGUACAACAACUGGCAAUAAAGUUUUUGCUGCGAUGAAAGGUGCCGUUGAUGGUGGUGUGGAUAUUCCUCAUAACGAGAAACGAUUUCCCAAGUACACCAAGGAAGAAGGAUUCAAACCAGAAGAGCUGCGCUAUAGAAUAUUUGGACAACAUAUUGCCGACUACAUGAGACAGCUUGCGGAAGAAGAUAAAACUCUUUAUGAAGCUCGAUUUUCACAAUAUAUCAAAGCCGGAGUUGGACCUGAUGACCUGGAAGAGAUGUAUAAACAAGCACACAGUCGUAUUCGAGAAGAUCCUUCCUUUGAAAAGAAACCCAAACGUGAAGUAACUAAGCAUCGUACUUUUCGUCAGAGAAAACUUACAAAAGAAGAGAAAAAGGAGAAUUUGAAGAGAAAAAUAGAAAAAUUAGCUAUGGCAAGUAUGACGACAGGUCAUGAAGAAGAAGAAUAAAUGCCGUUUCUAUUGUUGCUUAUGUCGACUAGUUUUCUUUCCAUUAAUUUGAAAACUUGAAGUAAGGAGAGAAGACUUCACAUUUUUUU